GGCUCCGCGGCCAUGUGACCCCGCGGCCUGGCCGGGCGCGACGGGACGCGCUGGGACCGGCGUCGGGGGUCGCGGGCGCGGCCCGGGGUGGGGGCGGGGGCGGCAUGGAGCGGAGGUGGGUCUUCGUACUGCUCGACGUGCUGUGCGUGCUGGUCGCCUCUCUGCCUUUUGCCAUCCUGACGCUUGUGAACGCCCCAUAUAAGCGAGGGUUCUACUGUGGAGAUGACUCCAUCCGAUACCCCUACCGUCCAGACACCAUCACACAUGGGCUCAUGGCUGGGGUCACCAUCACGGCCACCAUCAUCCUUGUCUCAGCUGGGGAGGCCUACCUGGUGUACACAGACCGCCUCUAUUCCCGCUCCGACUUCAACAACUACGUGGCCGCCGUCUACAAGGUGCUGGGCACCUUCCUGUUUGGGGCUGCAGUGAGUCAGUCGCUGACAGACCUGGCCAAGUACAUGAUCGGCCGCCUGCGGCCCAACUUCCUGGCGGUGUGUGACCCUGAUUGGAGUCGUGUCAACUGCUCCAUCUACGUGCAGGUGGAGAGGGUGUGCAGGGGAAACCCCGCCAACGUCACCGAGUCCAGGCUGUCUUUCUAUUCCGGACACUCCUCCUUCGGGAUGUACUGCAUGAUGUUCUUGGCGCUCUAUGUGCAGGCGCGGCUCUGCUGGAAGUGGGCGAGGCUCCUGCGGCCCACAGUGCAGUUCUUCCUGCUGGCCUUUGCACUCUACGUUGGCUACACCCGCGUGUCUGACCACAAGCACCACUGGAGCGAUGUCCUCGUUGGCCUCCUGCAGGGGGCGCUCGUGGCCAUCCUCACGGUUCGCUACAUCUCUGACUUCUUCAAGUCCCGGCCUCCACAGCGCUGCCUGGAGGAGGAGGAGCUGGGACGGAAGCCCAGCCUGGCACUGACGCUGACCCUGGGUGAGGCUGACCGCAACCACUACGGGUACCCGGUCUCCUCCUCCUGAGGCAGGGCCCCGGGCUCUGGGUCCAGCUAGGUAUGAGGCUGUGUUUAUGGUCCUGGCUGGGCCCUCCCCUGGGGUGGUGAUGGGGGCUCUGGAUGGGCUCCAGGUGCCCCGUGCUGGCGGUUGGCCGGUGUUCCACCAACCCCACCUCUUGUGCACUGGACCCAUGGCCUGGGGGUGCACAGGGCGGCCCCAGUGUUGGGAAGGGGGACCCUGUGCUCUCAGCUCCCUCAGAACCCCCUUUUGUUGGAUUAGAGAGCUCCAGAUAGAUGCUGUUUUUGUAAAGUGUAAUGUAUAUGUGGAC